AAAGAACUAAACCAAUAAAUACCCCACACAACAAAAUAACUACCGUAUGUAAGCAGCACACUCUUAAUUCAAAACCUACAGAGAGGAGGCACAAUUCCACUGGAAUACCGUUUCAACCCACUCACCUGUACAUGAUUUAAUGUCAUACAAAAUCAAGAUUCAUAUUUGCUCCUUUCAUGUGGAUGCAGAACCAAGUGCAAAUUCUGAAAUAACCAUUUAAGGCAAAGGACUUAGAACAGAAGGCUUGGUCUAUGUGUGUGCAUAGUCACACGUAUUCUCUGUAAUCAGGAGACAAGACACGCUUGUGGUUGUGCGGCGGCCACUUCAAACGAUGCUCUUGAAUUCAGAUGAGUCAAAACCAACACAUGCACAUACACACUAUUUGCAUUUUAAAAGAUUCUUUUGUCUGAGCUUGAGUGUCAUGUGAUCAUCCAAGAGAUGUUAGACUUGCUCACCGUUUUUUAGCAUUCGUCUUCACAAUCAGUGCUGCCUCGAUCCACAUACGUAUCGUGUGGAUGGAUGAAGAUUUCUACAUGAGCUAAACAUUAAAAUCAGGAAAUUUACCAGCAUGCCACGUCCAGUGCAUGAGUCACAAAGGUUAUCUGUGAAAACAUGGACAGAGGAGGACAGUGACCAGGACAGCCCACUUAGCAGAGGGCAGUCGAUGUGUGAUGACACUUCCUCAGAACUACAGAGAAUGGCGGCCAUUGACAGGAAAGAUGUCACACCACAGAAUUCCCUCCAUGGCCAAGGUGCUCUCUCCAGGAUAGUGAACAUGGUGAUGACUCUCAGAGAAUGGGCUCAAAAGAGCACGGCCGAGGAGAGAGAGCGACCUGAUUCUUUUUUGGAGCGUUUCCGGGGCCCCGCUCACUUGGACGUCCAUGCCCCGCCGAGCCGUUUUAGUCACAGUCACAAUGGCUCCGAUUCAGACAGUGAAAUGAGACGCACAAAAAGGAAGAGGAAGUGUAACAAUGUCACCUUGUCACCGUCGGAUGAUGUGUAUUACCACUGGCUGAUGGUGAUUGGUCCUGCUGUUUUUUAUAACUGGACCCUAUUAGUUGUCAGGGCCUGUUUUGACGAGCUGCAGACGAGGAACGUUUUGGUGUGGCUGGUCUUGGACUACAUCUGCGACGGGGUCUACAUCUUCGACAUCGCUGUUCGUCUCCACACAGGUUUCCUGGAGCAAGGACUGAUGGUGAAGGACGGCCACCGUUUGCGGGAAACCUACAUCCGAACCUUACAAUGUAAGCUGGACAUCUGCUCCAUCCUUCCAACUGAUCUGUUGUAUUUGACUUUCGGAGUCAGUCACACUCCCCUUCUUCGAUUCAAUCGUCUGCUGCGCCUGCCACGGCUCUUUGAGUUCUUCGAACGGACGGAAACGAGAACAGGCUACCCAAAUACCUUCCGCAUCGGUAAACUUGUCGUCUACAUCCUGGUGAUCAUCCACUGGAAUGCCUGCGGAUACUACAGCUUCUCCAAGAUCCUGGGACUGGGUUCCGACUCCUGGGUUUAUCCCAAUGCCUCGGAUCCAGAGUACGCCUCCCUGACCCGAAGUUACAUAUACUGCCUGUACUGGUCCACUUUGACGCUGACUACCAUUGGAGAGACCCCACCUCCUGUGAGAGAUGAGGAGUAUCUCUUCUUAAUAUUUGACUUUCUGGUAGGGGUUCUGAUUUUUGCAUCCAUUGUGGGGAAUGUCGGAGCCAUGAUCUCAAAUAUGAAUGCCACAAGAGCAGGCUUUCAGGCGCGUGUAGAUUCUCUGAAACAUUACAUGCACUUCAGGCAUGUCAACAAGGUUUUAGAACAGCGUGUCAUUCGGUGGUUUGACUACCUCUGGACCAAUAAGAAGACUAUCGAUGAACAGGAAGUGCUGAGGAGCUUACCCAGUAAACUAAGAGCAGAGAUUGCAAUCAACGUUCACCUGGACACACUGAAGAAGGUGCGUAUUUUCCAGGACUGCGAGGCAGGUCUCUUGGUAGAGUUGGUGCUCAAACUUCAACCACAGGUUUUCAGUCCAGGAGAUUACAUCUGUAGAAAGGGAGAUGUGGGUAAAGAGAUGUAUAUCAUUAAAGAUGGCCGCCUUGCUGUGGUGGGGGAGGAUGGAGCCACGCAGUUAGCAGUCCUCACAGCAGGGAGCUGCUUUGGAGAGAUCAGCAUCCUGAAUAUCAGCGGCAGCAAGAUGGGGAACCGACGCACGGCUAAUAUUCGCAGUCUGGGGUACUCAGACCUUUUCUGCCUUUCCAAACAAGACCUGAUGGAUGCACUGCAGGAGUUCCCCCAUGCCAGGGCUCAACUGGAGCAGAGGGGUCGGGAUAUCCUGCGGAAGGAGGGGUUGCUGGAAGAAGUCAAUGUGUCUGCUGGGGAGGAGCUGGAGGAGAAGGUGGAGAGGUUGGAAACGAGUGUGGAUCGACUACAGACAAGUUUGGCACGUCUGCAGAGUGAGUUCAACUCUGCACAGCUUCGAAUGAAGCAGCGAAUGACAGCCCUCGAGCACAACAUCACCACAGUAACCACAGGCAGCGGCUUUCUGUCAGACACAGACGGCAACGACAGCGCAUCUGGUGGCGGCGGGAUGCGGAGCCAAAUAAAUAUUCGGCUUUAAAUAAUCCAUAGAAUAAUAAGUCUUU